AUGGUGGAUGGUCGUCCAAUUAAUUUGGGCCUUUGGGAUACUGCUGGACAAGAAGAUUACGAUAGACUCCGCCCUCUCUCAUAUCCACAAACUGACGUUUUCCUUGUUUGCUUUUCGCUUACAAACCCUGCCAGUUUCGAAAAUGUUCGGGCCAAGUGGUACCCAGAAGUGUCUCAUCACUGUCCAAAUACACCAAUAAUUCUAGUUGGCACAAAAGCAGAUUUGCGCGAAGACAGGGACACGCUCGAAAGACUUCGGGAACGCAGACUUCAACCUGUUAGUCAAACGCAGGGAUAUGUUAUGGCAAAGGAAAUUAAAGCAGUAAAAUACCUUGAAUGUUCCGCCCUCACUCAAAGAGGUCUCAAACAAGUUUUCGAUGAAGCGAUCCGCGCCGUUUUGACACCGCCACAAAGAACCAAGAAGAGCAAGUGCAGUGUUCUUUGA